AUGAAUGAACAAUAUAAUAGAUUUGAAGAUCAAUAUCUAGAUCAAGAACCUGCUAUAAUCCUUGAUCAAAAUCAAUCUCAAAGACCAGGAUAUUAUGAUUCUUAUCAACAACAACAACAAACCCAUCAACCACAACAACAAUCUCAACAACCACAACAUGGUGAUAUACAGACUUCACAACAAAUACAGCAGCCUCAAGAAGGUAUAGAUGAUGAACAUAACCAAGAAAAUCAAGAGAAUGAAGAGCAUGAUGUGGAUCAAGAUGAUGAAGAACAACAACAAGGUCAAGAUGAAUUAGAAACAGGUGAAGGUGAAGAUUUCAUGGGUGAUAGUGUAUUUAGUAAUGUUGGACAAGGUCUCGAGGGGAAUUACAAGAAUAUGAUGAUGGCUUAUUGGCAAGAAACUAUUAAUAAUAUUGAACACCAGGAUCAUGAUUUUAAAAAUCAUCAAUUACCAUUAGCUCGUAUUAAAAAAGUUAUGAAAACUGAUGAAGAAGUUCGUAUGAUUAGUGCAGAAGCUCCUAUAUUAUUUGCAAAAGGUUGUGAUAUUUUCAUAACUGAAUUAACUAUGAGAGCAUGGAUUCAUGCUGAGGAAAACAAGAGAAGAACUUUACAAAGAAGUGAUAUUGCUGCAGCUUUACAAAAAUCUGAUAUGUUUGAUUUUUUAAUUGAUAUUGUUCCAAGAGAAGAGAUUAAUGGAGUUGGUUCAAAUGUUGGAGGUAGUAAAAAACAAAGUUCAAGACAAAAUAGUACAACUUCAAAUUAUUUAUCAAAUCAAACAAAUCCACAAUCAAGAAAUUCAAGUAUAGUUCAACCACCACAGAUCCCAAACCAACAAGUUCCAAAUCAAGGACAAGGACAAAAUAAUGAAUUUCAACAACAAUAUUUACAACAACAAUUAUUACAACAACAAUUUUUAAAUUCAAAAAAUGAUGAUGAUAGAGAUGAUUCAAAUUAUCAAUAUAAUGAUUUAAAUGUUUAUGAAAAUAGGUUUUAA